CCGUGGCAGUUCAAGAACCAAAACUUCGGAGCGUCCCUUUCCGGUUUUCAAACGAGAAAAAAGGAAGCCUUCCACUCCUCCCUCUCGCCUCCUCCGCCCAUCCGCCCAUUUCAAACGAAACCGAGAGCCCCCUGGCCUCCGCAAUGGCGUCGGGCUCCUCUCACCCCCAAAUCGACCAGUUCUUUCCAGCCAAGAAGCGGAGGCCCUCGUCGCGCAAGAACGACCCGCCACGAUCCGGGUCGCAACAUGGGAGCCCCGGAGGAGCGAAGGGGUCCCUGGAGGGGUACCUCGUCCGGUCCCCGUCCACCGUGGCCGUGGCGGCGGCAUCGGCGUCCCCCGCGGGCUCGCCGAGGGGCGGGGACGCGGGCGCCAGGAGGAGCCUCUCGACGGCGAUGGAUGUCGAUGUCGGCUCUUCCGCCCCGGCGGCACUAGCGGAUGGUGACGGGGCGAGCCUGGAGCUCAAGAGGUUCACGACGGACUUCCUGUCCCAUUACUGCAGUGCUAUCCCAACUUCGAUGGAUGAUUCUGGCAUUGGCGAGCAGUGGGAGAAGAAGCAGAAGCGGAGUGCGAACCAGUCGUUCUUGGUUCCUCGUGACAAUGCAUCUGUCAAGAAGCAGCGCGUUGCUCAUUGCGGUGGCUUGGAAGCUUUAAAGGAAUUAGGUGAUAAUGUGACCUUCAAGAGGCAAUGCCUCAAUCUUCCUGGUGGCUCAGAGGCUCUGGAGCAGGAAUCAAUCGAGGGGGCAAAGGUGAGUGGUGUGAGCUUUGCGGCCUUGCAAAGAUGUAGCUUUACCCCAAAUACCGCACAUAAAAAGGCUGAGUUUUCUUUAACCACCGGGGAAACCCCAAAGUCUGUAUCCAGGAAUUCCCUUACUUCACCAGGGCAGGAGUUCUGGAAUGCAGCAAUUGAAUUUGCUGACGGGGUAUCUGCCCAGGCUGACAAGGCCCAUGGAAGGCCUGAGUUUGAUGCAGCAGGGGACAAGUCAUCUUGUGCAGUAGCAGUAUGCUCUAAGACUCUUCCUCGAUCAGGAAAGGGCGAGUUUGACUGUCAAAAUGCAGUAGUCAGCAAUGAUACACAUCAAAUGGUGAAAUCUUCAGUUGAAUCACUGGCAGCAAACAGUCAGCAUAUAAUUGGCUCUCCUUUGCCUGUGAAGCACUUUGACUUCUUUCAUGAAGAUGACAUUCAAGUUUCAAGCUCGAAAGGUAAAGAAAAUGGCAGCAGUGAAGCCGGGAGUGUACACAUGGAUCACAGUCAAUUGAAAAACAUUGGCUUUCGGAGAGUGGAAAAUCUCAUGCACCCUGUAUAUGCCAUGAAGAAAAGUACUCUUGAUUUGCACGUCGAUUCUGCAGCCAUGAUUCCAUGUCAGAGUCUUUUCAAGUCAAAAACUGAAGGCAAGGUUAAUUCAACUCGAGAUGCUGACAAAUGUUCUCAUCUCAGCAAGAGAGACCUCAAUGAACUGAUCCACAAUGAGAAUAAAUCACUUGCUGCAUAUUCAUAUAGUUCCAAGCCUAACAAAGAUUCCAAGAGUAAGUUUGCUUCUAAAGAAGUGGAAGUUAGCACACCUACUAGCUCACUUCCUUUGAAAGACCACUCAAAGCUCUCAAGUUGGCUCCCUUCCGAGCUUUGUGCUGUAUACUACAAAAAGGGCAUUUCAGAGCUGUAUCCUUGGCAGGUGGAGUGUUUACUUGUACAAGGUGUAUUGGAGAAACGCAAUCUUGUGUAUUGUGCAUCUACAAGUGCUGGGAAAAGUUUUGUUGCUGAAGUUCUGAUGUUGAGACGAAUAUUGUCAAGUGGCAAUAUGGCAAUUCUUGUCCUGCCCUAUGUGUCAAUAUGUGCCGAAAAGGCUGAACAUCUCGAGCAACUUCUUGAGCCACUAGGUAGGCAUGUUCGUAGCUUCUAUGGGAAUCAAGGGGGAGGGUCACUUCCUAAAGAUACUGCAGUGGCUGUAUGUACCAUAGAGAAGGCAAACUCGUUGGUAAACAAGUUGUUGGAGGAUGGCCGCCUUUCUGAACUUGGUGUAAUUGUAAUAGACGAGCUUCAUAUGGUUGGUGACCAACACAGAGGGUAUAUUUUAGAGCUGAUGUUGACAAAGCUUCGGUAUGCUGCUGGUGAAGGGAAUUCAGAGUCAUCUAGUGGAGAGACUACAGGCUCAAGCAGUGGGAAGAUGGCAACUCAAGGAUUGCAGAUAAUUGGUAUGAGUGCUACUAUGCCCAACGUUGCAGCUGUAGCCGAUUGGCUUCAAGCUGCCCUUUACCAAACUGACUUUCGACCUGUUCCACUGGAGGAAUUUAUCAAAGUUGGUAAUCAAAUAUUAGAUAAAGAUAUGAAUGUUGUUCGUGUCCUUCCAAAAGUAGCUGAACUUGGUGGCAAGGAUCCAGAUCAUAUUGUUGAAUUGUGUAACGAGGUUGUUCUGCAGGGCCAUUCUGUGCUUUUGUUUUGUUCCAGCCGCAAAGGUUGUGAGUCAACUGCAAGACAUGUUGCCAAGUUCUUGAAAAUAGCCUCUGUUGGAUCAAGUGCUGUUGGUUCAGAGUUUUCAGAUGCCGCAUCUGCCAUUGAAGCCUUGAGGAGAUGCCCUGCUGGGUUAGACCCUGUAUUGGAAGAAACCCUUCCCUUUGGUGUUGCAUACCAUCAUGCUGGUCUCACGGUUGAGGAGAGAGAGAUUGUGGAAUCAUGCUACCGUAAAGGCCUUGUCCGUGUUCUGACUGCCACUUCAACUUUAGCUGCUGGUGUUAACUUGCCUGCUAGGCGAGUUAUAUUCAGGCAGCCUAGGAUAGGUCGUGAUUUUAUUGAUGGGACUCGCUAUAGGCAGAUGUCUGGUCGUGCUGGUCGAACUGGAAUAGACACAAAAGGAGAAAGUAUACUUGUAUGCAGGCCUGAAGAGGUCAAGAGGAUUACAGGUAUUAUUAGAAGCAAUUGCUCUCCCUUGGACUCCUGUCUCUCGGAAGAUAAAAAUGGAAUGAUUCAUGCAAUCAUGGAGGUUGUUGCUGGUGGGAUUGUGCAAACUGCAAGUGAUAUCCAUAGAUAUGUGCGGUGUACGCUGCUUAACUCUACUAAACCUUUCGAAGAUGUUGUGAAGUCAGCUCAAGAUUCCCUUCGUUGGUUAUGCCAUAAAAAGUUUGUUGAAUGGAACAACGAGACUAAAAUAUACUCCGCUACCCCCCUUGGUCGAGCAGCUUUUGGGAGUUCACUUAAUCCCGAGGAAUCACUGGUCGUGCUUGAUGAUCUUUCAAGAGCAAGAGAAGGCUUUGUUCUCGCAUCUGAUUUGCAUUUAGUUUACCUGGUAACGCCCAUAAAUGUAGAUGUUGAACCUGACUGGGAAUUAUAUUACGAAAGAUUCAUGCAACUUUCUUCUCUUGAGCAGUCAGUGGGCAACAGGGUUGGAGUGAUGGAACCUUUUUUGAUGCACAUGGCUCAUGGGGUGGCAAUGCCUGUUCGUGGAAGACCUCAGAGGAACACCAGUACACGCAACAAGUCUCCAGCACAAGGUUCUGGUGGAAAUUCUCUUAUUAAUGAGCAGACACUCAGAGUGUGUAAACGCUUUUACGUGGCCUUGAUGUUAUCAAGCCUUGCUCAGGAGAUUCCUGUUGCUGAUGUUUGCGAGGCAUUUAAAGUCGCCAGAGGUAUGAUCCAGGCGUUACAGGAAAAUGCUGGCAGGUUUGCUUCAAUGGUUUCUGCUUUUUGUCAGAGACUUGGUUGGCAUGAUUUAGAAGGUCUUGUUGCGAAGUUCCAAAAUCGUGUCUCUUUUGGAGUUAGGGCAGAGAUUGCAGAACUCACAUCAAUUCCAUUUGUCAAGGGCUCACGCGCAAGGGCUCUGUAUAAGUCUGGUCUGCGUACUCCUGUUGCCAUUGCUGAAGCAUCUAUUCCUGAAAUUGCAAGAGCUCUUUUCGAAUCAUCUACUUGGUCUGGGCAUGAUGAUUCUGGUUUACACCGAAUGCAAUUCGGUAUAGCCAAGAAGAUAAAAAAUGGAGCUCGCAAGAUUGUUCUUGAGGAGGCAGAAGCAGCCAGAGUAGCAGCAUUCUCAGCCUUCAAGUCACUUGGUGUAGAAGUUCCUCAGUUUACUGCACCUGCACUCCCAACUAUUGAGGAUUCCCCAACUCGAGAUACCAUGGUUUCUCCUUGCGGAGAUAAAGCUAAUUGCAAUAAGCUAGCUUUAGUGACGCAUGCUGGUGAUGAUAAAAAUUACUGCUCUAAUUAUGAUGCUGCUCAAAGGGCUUCUACAGAUAGUUUAGGAGACUACACGUGCCCUGGUUCUUCCAUUCAUAUGAAAGAUAAUGCAGGACUAGCUAGUAAUGUUAACAUCACUAUCCAGGAAGCAGCAUCACCUUUGUCCACACAAAUUACUGAUAAGUCAAGUGGUAGAAAUGUGGCCGACAAAGGUCCUAUCAAUGCAUAUAACUUCCCAGGGGGGUUUGAUUGUUUUCUUGAUCGAUGGUCUGCUGUUGGUGAAUUCUCCUUCGAUCUUCAUUUUGUCAAGAAAUCAACCAAUCUAUCGUGGACCCUUUUUGAAGUUUUUGGAUUGGCUGUCUGUUGGGAAAACUCCCCCAUUUACUACUGCAACUUUCCGAAGGAUCUAGUCACAAUUGGUAACAACGAUUCCAGUGAAAUGUGGGGGCAUUUUCAGAGAAGAUGGAAUAAAAUAGCUGACAUUAUGCAACAAAAUAGUGUCAAGAAAAUGACAUGGAACUUGAAGAUCCAGAUCCAAGCACUUAAAUCUGCUUAUUUUUCUUGCCAACGGCUUGCAAGGUUUCAUCUUGACCAUAAAAUGUUGAACAAUAUUGAAGUACUUGACAACUCAUAUGUGUUGCUACCACCAAUCUCUGUUUACAAUGGAAUAGACAUAUGCUUGGUGGCAUGGGUUCUAUGGCCUGAUGAGGAAAGCAAAACAAUGCCGAGCCUUGAGAAGUUAGUCAAGAGAAGGCUUCAUAGUGAAGCUGCUGCUGCUGCAAAUCGGGAUGGAAGAUGGAGAAAUCAGAUGCAUAAAGCAGCACACAAUGGCUGUUGUAGACGUGCUGCACAGACACGGGCUUUGUCUUCUGUUCUGAAGAAAUUACUUGUUUCUCAAAAUCUCGAUGGUUUGGUUGAAAUGAUAGAGGGUCCAUUGGUAAAUAUUCUUGCUGAUAUGGAACUUUGGGGAAUUGGUGCUGACAUGGAUGCAUGUCUCCAUGCGCGACAUAUUAUAAUAAACAAGCUGAAGGAACUAGAGAAAGAAGCAUACAGAUUAGCUGGCAAGAGUUUUUCACUAAAUGCAACUGCUGAUAUCGCCGACAUUCUAUACACGCACUUAGAAUUGCCAGUUCCAAAAGGUUGUGAGAAAGGAAAGCUGCAUCCUAGCACUGGCAAGCAGUCUCUAGACCAUCUAAGGGACCAACACCCGAUUAUCCCAGUAAUUAAGGAACACAGAACAUUGGCAAAAUUGUUGAAUGGCACGUUGGGGUCCAUUUGUUCACGGGCAAAGUUGUGCACCCAAUCACAAAGGUACAUCAUACAUGGAAAUUGGCUUCAGACAUCAACUGCCACUGGCCGUUUAUCAAUGGAGGAGCCGAAUCUCCAGUGUGUUGAGCACUUAGUGGAAUUCAAUACAGGGAAAAGUGAUAAAGAUUACUCAAGCAUGUCAGUGGUUUCACAUCAUCAAAUCAACGCCCGUGAUUUUUUCAUUCCCACCCAGGAUAAUUGGUUGUUGGUAACUGCUGAUUACUCACAGAUUGAGUUGCGCUUAAUGGCUCAUUUUUCUAAAGAUCCUACGUUGAUUGAGCUUCUAAGUAAACCGGAUGGUGAUGUUUUUACUAUGAUCGCUUCAAGAUGGGCUGGUAAAGCAGAGGCCUUGAUCUCUUCUAAGGAGAGAGAGAACACUAAAAGAUUAAUUUAUGGCAUCCUUUAUGGAAUGGGUGCAAAUUCCCUUGCAGAACAACUUGAAUGCAGCAUAGACGAAGCUGCACAGAAAAUCCAAAGCUUUAAGAGAUUCUUUCCUGGUGUUUCGUCGUGGCUACAUGAAGCUGUUGCAUCUUGUCGCCAAAAAGGAUAUGUGGAGACCUUGAUGGGCCGGCGACGUUUUCUUACAAAAAUAACGGCUGGAAAUAACAAAGAGAAAGCUAAAGCACAGAGACAAGCAGUAAAUUCUAUUUGCCAGGGUUCUGCUGCUGAUAUCAUCAAGGUGGCUAUGAUUAAAGUUCAUUCUGUAAUUACUAACAGGAGUAAGGCAGUUGAUUCUACGGAUGAAGUUACGAGAAUCUUUUCGGAAAUCAGUGGCCAUUGUCACCUUAUUUUGCAGGUGCAUGAUGAAUUGGUACUGGAAGUUGAUCCAUGUAUGUUAGCACGGGCUGGAAGGCUGUUACAGAUAUGCAUGGAGAAUGCUGCUUCACUCUUGGUACCUUUACGUACGAAAAUAAAGGUGGGAAAAACUUGGGGUUCUCUAGAACCCUUCUAUCCUGAACCUUGUUGAUGCUAUGGUGAAUUCCACUUUUGAGUAAGCUCCUUGGAAGCCAACUUUUUGUGACAUGUUGAGGGCCAAGAUGCUGUUUCUAUAAGGAAUUCCAACAUGCUCCAGAAAUUCACUUCCUCCUGUAUUAACAAUCUCGUGGAGCCUGGCUUUUAACAUUGUGGCUUCAUGUUCUAAGCUAUCCAUCCAUUAUUUCAGAAGCACGCCUGGUCCAUUUGUGUGGAGCAUGGUUAGUUUACCAAGUUACAGAAAUGUGAUUCGUUCUGGUUCACUAUAAGUUGGGCCUUUAUUCCAUUGCUUUGGCUGGGCUAUCUUCUGUUCUGUUACUACUGAAUAUAUGUGAAAUCAAGGGUAGUUACCAGAUCUAUUAUUGGGGAUAACGGCAUGAGGGGCCAAUGGUAUGAUUGAUGCUUCGUGUCGCAUGCAGGCUUUUUCUAUUCAGCUCUUGAUAAGUCAUCCACAGAUGCUGUCACAGGAAGCUGCUAAUGGGCAUCUAUUGGGCAUGCGGUCCUUCAAGGUUCCUGAAGUUUGUAAAUGAACUACUGGAAGAGAAGGGCAAAUUUCCCUGAUGAUCUGUACAUUUUUGUUCUUCUGAGAUCAUCUGUAUGUAAGUAGCUGCAAAUUUUGCAACUUUUGUAAAGGUAUUUUUUUAAAGGAACGUUUGUAAAGGUUUUGAUUACCAUGCAAGUAUGUAAAAUACACAUUUUUUAUUC